UCAUACACAAUGUCGAUUCCCAGUCUGCGCGUCUUGUUAGUAGGAAACGGUGGUCGCGAGCAUGCUCUAGCAUGGAAGCUCGUCCAAUCGCCGCACGUAGACCACAUCUACGUCGUGCCUGGUAACGGCGGUACCGCAGGUUUCCCCACCAAGGUCACCAAUGUCCAAAACGUCAAGGCCGACGACUUCCCUGCUCUGGUCAAGUUCGCCCGCGACAACUCGGUCAACUUCCUUGUGCCUGGUCCCGAGGCUCCCCUCGUUGCCGGCAUUGUCGACUACUUCGCUCAGCACCUGCCUGAAGUCAAGAGCUUCGGUCCUAAUGAGGCUGCCGCCCGUAUGGAGGGUAGCAAGGCCUUCAGCAAAGACUUCAUGAAGGAGCACAACAUCCCCACUGCCGCAUACGAGAACUUCAGCGACUACGACAAGGCAAAGGCAUACCUCGACAGCAUCAACCACGACGUUGUCAUCAAGGCCGACGGUCUCGCUGCUGGCAAGGGUGUCAUCAUCCCUCAGACCAAGGAAGAGGCUGUACAGGCCCUCAAGGAUAUCAUGCUGACCCGCGAGUUCGGCUCGGCUGGUGACACUGUUGUCAUCGAGGAGCUGCUUAUCGGUGAAGAGUGCAGCAUCCUGACUUUCAGCGAUGGUUACAACAUUGCCAGUCUGCCUCCUGCUCAGGACCACAAGCGCAUCUUCGAUGACGACAAGGGCCCCAACACUGGUGGUAUGGGCACUUACGCUCCUACUGGCGUCUCCGAUCUUGCCGAGCUCAUGUACAGCUGCACCACAAACUCGCUCGCCUCGCUUGGUCCCAUCAAGAUUUCAUCACGCGCUGCUGCAACCGUCGUCGUUGCUGCUGGUGGUUACCCUGGCUCUUACGCCAAGGGCACUCCUAUGACCUUGACUGCCACUCCCGAGGACACCGUCAUCUUCCACGCAGGUACCGACAUCAAGGAUGGUCAACUCGUAACAAGCGGUGGUCGUGUCAUCGCUUCGACUGCUACUGGCCCUACUCUGAAGNNGGAAGCCGUUGCUCGUGCCUACGAGGGCGUGCAGACCAUCAAGUUCGAGGGUAUGCAAUACCGCAAGGACAUCGCCAAGCGCGCUUUGAAGUAG